CCCAGGACGCCUCUUGCGAGGAACAAACAGGCGUACAGGAAGGCAGCGAUGAGAUGGCACCCGGAUAAAAACCCAGAGACCGAGCAAUACGCCGAGCGGAAGUUCAAAGAAAUAACAGAGGCGUAUGAAGUGCUGUCAGACAAGAGCAAGCGCGACCUCUAUGACCGCUACGGCAAGGAUGGGCUCAUGGGGGCAGCAGGGCCUGGGGGAUCGAGGGCUGAAGAUGGAGCCCCUGGAUUUACUUUCAACUUUGCCAUCAUCCGUGACAUCCUCAGAGAGUUCUUUGGGGGACGAGAUCCUUUCUAUGAGUUUCAAGCCAGAAGGGACCAUUAUGAUGGUCUAGUUUGAGUUCCUGCCUAGCACAUGCCAGAAAAUCUUCCCCAGAACUUUCUCUAUCAAGCCCGUAACUCCUGCUUGAGCCACAGCAUCUCAUUUACAAAAUAUCCAGUUAUG